AUGGCAGCAAUUGGAGGAAGCCCGGGUGACAGCCGCCGGGCAGUCGCUUCGCCGAGACCUAACAAAGGACGUGACUACAACCCCAAGAGCAACAUUCUCUGCCGGAAUGUCACCAUCUACGGCCAUUGCCGCCACGAGCACAAUGGCUGCGUCUUCCAGCACGAUCCCUCCAAGAUAGCCCAGCAGCAGGCCGAGAACGCGAAGAAGCGCUUCAACGUCGACUCUCCCUCUUUCACCCCCCUCCAGCCAUCCACCAACGGCGUCACCUCCUCGCCCCGCCAAACCACCAUAUCCCCCAAGGCCGCAAAUGCCGCCAUCUUUACCCCCAAGUCGCAGGCCAAGGCGAGCCUCGCCGUCCUUGCGAAGGAACCGACACCGGAGUGGCACGGGCACGACUUCCAGGAGUUCGUGCCCCAGGGCUUUGACGUACCGGGCGACAGCGCGGUCCAAGCUGCUGCCUUGAACCCCUACGACACCUUCGCAGCAUCUUCUGCCAUAGGUGGCAUGAGCCCUGCCAACCAUGCCGCUCAGCUCAAUCCAUAUACUCAGGAAGCCGCCGCGAUGAGCGGUGCCGCCUUCUUCCAGAACACUGCCGGCUUUACCCAACCUAUCCAAUAUCACCUUUACGCUCCCAUGGGCCCACACCCCGAGAACCUCCUGGCUUAUCAGAAAACGACACACGACUUCUUCAUUCCUGACCACCUUCGAGAGGACUUGCAGCGCAAGUCGGAAGCAACUCGACAAAUUCUCCCCAACUCUUCUCUUCCCAAUGCCGUAGACCAUUUUCACUCUCUUGUUCCUUUGGACACGAACAACCAGAAAAACGCUUCACUUUUUGGGUAUCCCACUUGGGUCUACAAGGCCGUGUCGAGCAAAGACGGUCUUACCUACACUCUCCGGAGGCUCGAAGGGUAUCGUUUGACCAGCGAGCAAGCCAUCUUCUCCGUGAGGCCCUGGAAACGCAUUGAUAACGGAAGUAUUGUGGCUAUCCAUGACGCAUUCACCACGCGCGCCUUCGGUGAUAGUUCGCUCAUUUUCGUAACCGACUAUCAUCCCCUGUCGAAGACGCUUUCAGAGCAGCAUCUCAACGUUGCCCCCCGUGGAUUCCACAACCGCGCCAAUCCGCACACGGUGCCUGAAGCGGUGAUCUGGGGAUACGUCGUUCAAAUCGCGUCGGCGCUGAAAGCCGUUCACAGCAACAAUUUGGCGGCAAGGUUAAUUCACCCAAGCAAGGUCCUGGUUACGUCCAAGAACCGCAUUCGUCUGAACAGCUGUGCGAUCCUCGAUCUGCUCCAGUUUGAUAACACUCGCUCUGUGCAGGAGCUCCAGCAAGAAGAUUUCCAGCAGUUUGGGCGCCUCAUCAUCACAAUAGCAAGCAACAACUCGAUCAACCCGGUCAAUGUGCAGAAGGCGUUGGACAUACUUUCGCGAAGUUACAGUAAGGACCUCAUCGAGAGCGUCUCCUGGCUCCUGAGCCCGCCACCAGUCAUACAGACGCCGGGAGUUCCUUGCAAAGACAUUUCUACAUUCAUUCGGUCGAUUUCUGACAAAAUGACCAUUCUUCUUGAUAAUACAUUCCACGCUGAGGACACUCUGACUUCCAACCUGGGACGCGAGCUCGAAAACGGGCGCCUAGUCCGGCUUAUGGCCAAGCUCAACCUGAUCAACGAGCGCCCCGAGUUUGAGAACAACCCGCAGUGGUCUGAGACAGGAGAGCGGUACUAUCUUAAGCUGUUCCGCGACUACGUCUUCCACCAGGUGGAUGCAAGUGGACACCCGGUGGUGGACCUUGGGCAUGUGAUCAGCUGUCUCAACAAGCUCGACGUGGGCAGCGAUGAAAAGAUAUCGUUAGUCAGCCGGGACGAGCAGAAUGUGCUUGUGGUCAGCUACAGGGAGGUCAAGAGAGGCGUUGAGCAGGCCUUCAAUGAGUUGAUCAAACCUAAGAGACGAUGA